AUGCCUCCUCCCAAACCCAAACCCAAGUCUAAGUCCUCUAAGGGCACCGACACCACAUGGUCCCAUGAAUUCGAUACCCUCCGCCGAGAGAACUUGUUCAAGAACCCCCCCAAAGAUCACACCGCAUACCCAGCUCUUACGGCGGCCAUUGCCCCGCACAUCGAGUCCUUCAAUGCCCUCCUCGAGAAGGAUGGCUUGAUAGCACAAGGCUUGUUGGAUAUUGGCACCAGGACAUAUCUCGAUGGAGACGAAAGAGCAGGAGCAGCGGGGAAAAAUAAGUUGACAAUCAGGAUCAAGGAAGUGUUUGUGGAGAAAUCAGUCUUGCCCGCCUCGAAUAAGUUUUCUACCAAGAAUCGAGAGAUUAUGCCCGCAGAGUGUAGAGAACGCCAUGUCACCUACCGGGGGAAGAUGAGUGCGCGACUGGAAUCUAGAGUCAAUAAUGGAGAUCCAAAAGAGUUUGUCAGAGAUCUGGGCCAGAUCCCUCUAAUGCUCAUGUCAAACCGAUGUCAUCUCGAACAUAACCCACCUGCCCAGCUAGUUCAGCGAAAAGAGGAAGCUGAAGAGCUUGGAGGAUACUUUGUGGUCAACGGGAUCGAAAAACUCAUUCGUCUCCUCAUUGUCAACCGAAGAAAUUACCCCAUGGCCAUUGAACGACCUUCUUUUGCCGGCAGAGGCCCAGCCUAUACAAAAUACGCCUCCAUUAUACGAUCUGUACGACCCGAUCAGACUUCCCAGACGAAUGUCUUGCAUUACCUGAACGAUGGAAACGUGACGUUCCGAUUCUCGUGGCGGAAGAAUGAAUACCUGGUGCCCGUAAUGAUGAUCAUGAAAGCUUUGGUGGAGACAAAUGACCGAGAUAUCUUUGAGGGUUUGGUUGGAGUUGCUGGAUCCGAAGGCUCUCAAAACACUUUCUUGACCGACCGAGUGGAACUGUUACUGCGGACCUACAAGGCAUAUGGGCUGUAUACGAAGAGCAAGACGAGGGCCUAUCUGGGAGAGAAGUUCCGAAUCGUGCUCAACGUUCCCGAUACCAUGUCGAAUUAUGACUGUGGAACCGAAUUUUUACGAAGGGUCGUCCUUGUUCAUCUUGGCAAUGUCAAUGUUACAGAGGCACAGGAUAUGGACAAGUUCAAGAUGAUGCUUUUCAUGACGAGGAAGCUGUAUGCAUUGGUUGCAGGAGAUUGUGCAGUUGAUAACCCCGAUGCUGUCCAAAAUCAGGAGGUACUCUUGGGCGGUUUUCUUUAUGGGAUGAUAAUCAAAGAAAGACUCGAUGACUGGCUCACAACCCAGCUCAGAAUGUCAAUACGUGAUUGGACUCGGAAGAAGCCAGAAAAUACCUUCGUAUCACCAGACUUCACCAGGGACUUCCCUACUAAGCUUUUUGGCAGGACCAACGAGAAUAUUGGCGGUGCAUUGGAAUACUUCAUGUCAACCGGCAAUCUUGUUAGUCCCACGGGUUUGGAUUUGCAGCAAGUUUCGGGAUUUACAGUUGUGGCAGAGAAAAUCAAUUUCUUGCGAUUCAUCAGUCAUUUCCGUAUGGUUCACAGAGGUAGUUUCUUUGCUCAACUGAGAACUACCAAUGUGCGUAAACUUCUGCCGGAAAGCUGGGGCUUCAUGUGUCCUGUUCACACUCCUGAUGGAAGUCCUUGCGGUUUGUUGAACCAUCUUUCACACAAAUGUCAGAUCGUCAUACACUCACUUGAUGUUUCAACAAUACCCCAGUUGGUAGUUGACCUUGGAGUGGUCAACUCUGGAUCUUCUUCUACAAAGGAGAGCGUUGUUGUCCAACUAGAUGGAAGAAUUCUCGGGUGGUGUACCCCGAAGCAGGCACGUGCAAUUGCAGAUAUCCUCCGUUACUGGAAGGUUGAAGGUAGUCACGGUGUGCCAAAAGAGCUUGAAAUCGGUUACGUACCCCUAUCCACUGGUGGGCAGUAUCCUGGCAUAUACAUGUCCUCUGCUCCUGCUCGAAUGAUCCGGCCUGUGAAGUAUUUGCCACUCGACAAGGAGGAUUUCGUUGGACCCCAAGAACAGCCUUUCAUGUCAAUCGCAGUAACUGAGCCGGAAAUCAUUUCGGGAGAAUCCACCCAUGUUGAAUUUGAUCCAACAAACAUCCUGUCGAUUCUCGCAAACAUGACACCAUUCUCUGAUUUCAACCAGUCUCCGCGAAACAUGUACCAGUGUCAGAUGGGCAAACAAUCCAUGGGAACGCCAGGCACUGCCACCCGCUACAGAACCGACAACAAAACUUAUAGACUUCAGACGGGUCAAACACCGAUUGUUCGAGCACCUCUGCACAAUGAUUAUGGGUUCGACAAUUUUCCCAAUGGUAUGAAUGCUGUCGUAGCUGUCAUCUCCUAUACGGGCUACGACAUGGACGACGCUAUGAUAAUCAACAAAUCAGCCCAUGAACGUGGGUUUGGCCACGGUACUAUCUACAAAGUGAAAAAGAUCGAGCUUGAAGAGGGCGCUAUGAAGUCCCGCUCCACGAAGAAUAUCAAGAAACUUUUCGGGUUUGCACCUGGUGGAGAGAUCAAGGCUGAAUGGAAGGAUGCACUCGAUACGGAUGGGCUACCAUUCAUCGGACGUAGGCUUCAUGAAGGCGACGUUAUCUGCGCUUGGCACACAGUUUCCAUGGAUGUGAAUGGUGAGCUCGUGAAUCGUGAUGGGCAAACCCACGUGGAGAAGUACAAGGACGGCGAAGAAGCAUUCAUCGAAGAGGUCAGAAUGAUUGGCAAUGAAAAUGGCGCUGAACCUGCUCAAGCCAUAUCGAUCAAAUUCCGAGUACCUCGUUCACCUACCAUUGGUGACAAGUUCUCCUCUCGACACGGACAGAAGGGUGUUUGCUCGCAGAAAUGGCCAAACAUUGACAUGCCAUUUUCCGAAUCUGGUAUCCAGCCUGAUGUCAUCAUCAAUCCUCAUGCUUUCCCAUCUCGUAUGACCAUCGGUAUGUUUAUCGAGUCACUGGCCGGGAAAGCUGGCGCCUUGCACGGCCUAGCACAAGAUAGCACCCCGUUUAAAUUCGAUGAGGAGAACACAGCCGGAGAUUAUUUCGGCCACCAACUUAUGAAGGCUGGCUACAAUUAUCAUGGAAACGAGCCAAUGUACUCUGGAAUCACAGGGCAAGAACUCCACGCAGAUAUUUAUAUCGGAGUGGUCUACUAUCAACGCCUCCGACACAUGGUGAACGACAAGUACCAAGUUCGAACCACCGGUCCUGUGACUCAACUUACCGGACAGCCGAUCAAAGGAAGGAAGAAGGGAGGUGGUAUUCGUGUUGGAGAGAUGGAGCGUGAUUCGCUACUUGCUCACGGCACUGCAUUCCUUUUGCAGGAUCGAUUACUCAACUGCUCAGACUACACGCGUUCUUGGAUUUGCAAGCAGUGCGGUACGUUCUUGUCAACUCAACCAACAGUUUCUGCCUUUGUGUCGGCCAAGAAAGGAACCGGUGUAGUACGGUGCCGAAAAUGUGCUAAGAAGGCCGAAGCGUGGUCAGGAAAAGGCGAAAUCUGGGAGGAUGGAGAAGGACAAAGAUGGGUAGGAGGCGAGGACACUACCAUCGUAGCUGUGCCGGGAGUAUUGAAGUACCUGGAUGUCGAAUUGGCAGCAAUGGGGAUCAAAAUGAAGUAUAAUGUCGGGCCGUGA